UCCUUAGUAUUGUUCAAAGUUAAGUUAAGGUGGAAUAAUAAUUUGGUAGAGUCUUACUAUGGUUAUAUUCUUUGAUUAUAUUGGAAUGUAAUUUAAAGUAACUCAUAAAAAAAGUCACAAGUACAAAUGACUUCAACUGUGGAAAUACUUUCAAAGUAACAUUUUUUAAAAUAUCACAUACAUGUUAAGACAGCGUUUGGUACAGGAAGAAAGCUGCAGCUACGUUCCUGCACAGCAGCCACAGUUGGACACUAUGACGGCAGCUUGAAAGACUCUAAUUGGCUAAUAUGUCAGCACUGGGCACAGGAGGGGUGCCCUGAUUGGCUGUUGGUCGUCCUGGGCAUCUUGGUCCUCAGGCUGCUGCUGGCAGGAGUCUGUUUGAGCGUAGGAAGCCAUGUUGAUGAUGCCUUCGUUAGUUGUGACAACCGCUGCACUUUGGCUGUUUAAAGGACUGCGGCAAGAGCAACGGGAGCCUUGGUGGUGACUCCGGCAGCGGGAUGAGAAGAGGACAGCGAGCUGGAACGGUACAGGGAGCGGUAGAGGAGCCUCGUUCUUAGGUUACGGAGUGAACACAGUUGAUCGGAAGCCAAGGAAGUUGAUGCUACAGAGGCUGAUAGCUAGGUAGCAACAGCUGUGUAGACGCUGCGUGGGAUGCAGCGAGUGGACUUACCUUACAUUUCCUGUGUUUGUUAACUCAUUGUUAUAUUUUAUUUAUUUAUUAUUUUAUUACCAAAAUAUUUGACAUUUUUGUCAGGUGCUUAUUUAACGUGUUAGGUCGCAAUUCAGGAGCUAGUUAGCAGUUAGCUCAUGUUAGCAUCGUGGGUCACGACUAACAUUCUGCAGCUGAGUGGAUUCUAACUUAUCGCUGCUGGAGUGUCAGUUAAGGAGCGGCGUGUUUCGUGACAAAGUUCCAUGAAACCCCUGCAGUGAGAUAAUGGCGGUGCUCUGUGUCUCUGUGGAAGACUACGAGUUCGGCUGCCCUCCUCGCUAAGCAGCGGCUAACGGGCUGUAGCAGCAGAACUUUCGCCUCUCACGGCUUCACCUAGCAGCUGCAGAGCCCACCAGCUCCGCUAACUCCUUCUUUACCGGACAACGUCCCCUACCUGCAGCAAGCUGGCGGCCCUACGAGUAGAAGCCGAAGACAAAGAGCUGGGGCCCAUGGCCUGGGUCCUGAAGAUGGACGACGCCACCAUCGAGUCGGGACUGGUGCACGACUUCGAUGCCAGCCUGACAGGCAUCGGGCAGGAGCUAGGGGCUGGAGCCUACAGCAUGAGCGAUGUGCUGGCUUUGCCGAUCUUCAAGCAGGAGGACUCAAGCCUUCCUAGUGAAAAUGAGACCAAAAAUCCUCCAUUCCAGUAUGUGCUGUGUACCGCCACCUCGCCUGCUGUCAAGUUGCACGACGAGACGCUCACAUACCUAAACCAAGGCCAGUCUUACGAGGUGAGAAUGUUGGAUAACAGGAAGGCAGGAGAGUUACCAGAACUCACCAACAAGAUGGUGAAGAGCACAGUGAGAGUGGUAUUUCACGACCGUCGACUGCAGUACACAGAGCACCAGCAGCUGGAGGGCUGGAAGUGGAAUCGUCCCGGUGACCGUCUCCUUGACAUCGAUAUCCCCAUGUCAGUGGGCAUUGUGGAACCAAAGACGCAUCCCUCGCAGCUCAACGCCGCAGAGUUCCUGUGGGACAUGAACAAAAGGACUUCUGUUUUUGUGCAGGUGCACUGCAUCAGCACAGAGUUCACUCCCAGGAAACAUGGCGGGGAGAAGGGCGUCCCCUUCAGGAUCCAGAUUGACACAUUUGCCCUGGGAGAAAAUGGAGAGUACACAGAGCACAUCCACUCUGCCUCCUGCCAAAUCAAAGUCUUUAAGCCAAAGGGGGCCGACCGUAAGCAAAAAACAGAUCGAGAGAAGAUGGAGAAACGCACACCGCAAGAGAAGGAAAAGUACCAGCCUUCUUACGAUACCACUAUACUAUCAGAGACAAGGCUUGAACCCAUCAUAGAGGAUGCAUGUGAUCACGAGCUGAAGAAAUCCAGCAAACGGACACUUCGUGCUGACUGUGGUGACUCCUUGGCGAAAAGAGGAAGUUGUUCCCCUUGGCCAGACAACGCCUACGUCAGCACUAACCAGGCAGCUACUCCCACCUUCACCAACACCCCACUGUCCACCUACACCACCAACUCUGUCCCUGACAGUGACUCGUCCUCUCCUAAUCACCAGGCAGACCCUGGCAGCCAUGGAAACUCUGAGCAGCAGCAGCAGCAGCUGAGUCCCACCGCGUCCAUCCAGGACACACAGAAGUGGCUGCAGAAAAACCGCUUCAACUCCUACGCACGACUUUUCUCUCACUUCUCAGGUUCUGAUUUGUUGAAGCUAACCCGGGACGACCUGGUCCAGAUUUGUGGGCCGGCAGACGGUAUCCGACUCUUCAAUGCACUUAAAUCCAGGUCAGUGUGUCCCAGGUUGACUGUAUAUGUCUGUAAAGAGUCGCCUCAAGAGAGCCCUCUGCUGGAGACACAUGGCACCAAUGAAAACGGAGAUCACAACAUCUCCUCUAGUUUACGGGUCUACCAUGCUCUGUACUUAGAGGAGCUGACAGCUGCAGAGUUGAUCAGAAAGAUGGCAGGCGUGUGCAGUCUGCCACUGGGGAAAAUCAACCAGGUGUACAGACAGGGUCCUACAGGCAUACACAUCCUGCUGAGUGACCAGAUGGUUUACAACUUGGCUGACGAGAGCUGUUUUUUGGUCUGCACUGUCAAAGAUGAAUCUGGCGAAGGACUACAUCUAAUUCUGAAGUAGUGAUGAGGACAGAUGGCAUCACUAAUACUCCACCCUCUGUCGUGGAGCGGAGGCCUCCCUCUGUCCCUGCUUCUACGUUUUCCUUCCUUUUUCGUCCUAUCUCUCUCUCGUUGUCCCUCUCUCUUAACCGAUGGUUCGAUGGCUAUCAGAAAGACUGAGUUAAAACCAUGUAACUGUUAGAAUCUGACAUGGGUGUGUCCACUGUUUCAUAUUGAAAACAUUAUUAAUGGAGGAGAGUUAAAGAAGGAGAGACUGGGAGAACUUGGGAUCCAGGAUAAGAGCAACGGAUAGAAGUCUUUCUGUGUGUUUUAAUUUUAAUUUUUGCCUUUUUUUCAUAUGCUGAAGAAGAGGGAGAGAGGUGGCUCCAAGAGAGAGCGGAAGCGAUGAUGGCGUUUGCUGGCAGGAGAAGGAGAAAAAAAAAGUUUCCGUAUUGCUCGUUGCCCGUCGUACACAAUGCGCACAAACAGCACAAGGCCAGUAUUUAAAAACCUGUGCUGCUGAAUGGCAUGUGAUCUCAACAUACUAACUUGCUUGAAGGAAAAUCCCAGUUAACUCUGCUUGUUCAACAUUGGGUCCGGGUUGCUUUAUUAAAACCCUUAUUGAUCAUUUUUGCUGGGCAGCACAUACACGAUCCAGGCUAAAUAUAUGGAGCAGGUGGAUAUUAAUAAUUUAAUUUUUGGGGGACGGAGGGUCAAAAAGACUGACCUCAGUGACAUCAUGUAUGAUUUUUUUUUUUAAACAUUUUUUUGCGCUCUUGGCAUAUGUCCAACUCAUUUUGCUUUUAUUGUUUUUAGGUGAUGCUUUAUUUAUUGAUGGACUGUUUCAGUUGCUCCCACCUGUGCCAUAACAUAAUUUCCUUCAGCUCAGUUUUGUCCUCGCUGUGUCAACACACAGAGCACAUACACCUCCUCGUCUCUUCUGCUUUCUGUGCCUACUUUUUAACACAUUAUAAAAGAGUGUCUGUGGGGCUCAUACAUUCAGGGCUUUUUAGCUGUCGAUCCUUGGUAAAGGCUGAUGCUUAGAUUAUGCUCCAACAAUCUUCAGCAGUGUGGACCAAACACGUUCCAGCUCCUCUCACAACUCUGCGCAUUUUGGGUAUUAGAAUCAUUUGGAGAAACUUCUCGCAGUGCGACACAAACCCACAUCUCGUGGAACCAUUCCUGCAUCUGCUCUGCAAGGAAAUGCAUCAGUGCUGUAGCCUCGAUUCAAUAGUCUUAAAGGUAGCCCCGCGUUCUUCUUUUGACCUCUGUGUUCAAUGUAGCUAAACACAGGAAGUGCAGGUGAAAUGUUCCGAGUGUCCUCAUGUUGCAGAGUCCAUGGUAACCUCACCUGUCAGCGGGGAGCAGACAGUCGCUGAUGGUUUACCCUAACCCUCUAGGUUUUAAAGCACGAUAUCUGGCAGCGUUGAAGUGUACAGUUUGCACGCUUCUAAUAGUCAGGCGUUAUGUGUGCGUAAUGUUUUUUGUUUUGUUGUUCAUACAUGAAAAACUUGAUUAUGUCUGUAGUUGUCACAAGCUUUUUUUGUUGUCGAUGUAAUGACACUGUGUUAAGCUUGCUGUUUAGUAAAGAGCAUGUGGAAGACGGGGAGGGGAGGGAGGAAUAGCUUGGUCUUUGGUGAGUGUAGCUUCUUUUUUUUUUCUUGAUGUCAAAGACCAAGCCUGCACUGAAAAAAAAAAAAUACAAACCCUAAUGCUUGAUGUGUAGUCCGUAGUCCUACAGCCACACUCAUUCACCUACCGAAAAGAAAAUGGGAAAAAUGGGGAGGGGGGGGGGGGUGUCGAGACUAAGAACGUCUGUAUUUGUCAGAGCCCAGUUUUCCUGUGGUGGUUCCCUGAACCUAAAAACCACAGCACAGUUGACUGUUCAAAGAAUUUUAAAAUAUAUAGUGAAAAUGGAGUGGAUGUGAAGUCGGGCAAACUCUGGUCAGCUGUUUUCACUCCCUGACACCCUGACCAAUAAUGUAUGUGUGUAUGAGCAAGUGUGUGUGUGUGUGUGUAUGUGUGUGUGUAUGUAUGUAUGUAUGCGUGUUAGAAUGAGUGAGCAGGAGAGGUGACCACUGUUGAUGUACAGCCUGCUGUUGGUGAAGAUGCUUCUUAUGUGCACAUGCUGGAGGUGUACACAACCACGUGCUGGGAAUAAACAAUUUCAUAUCUUUCUCCA